AUGGGGGGAGCUUUGUGGAUAAAGGUGUUGGAUAGGGUGUUUGGGGUGAUCAAGGUAGAUGGUGUACUUAAAGAGUUAAAAAGGAUUGGAGCUCCUCAUUGUGUUGGGUUGUGGAAAUCUAGUCUUGUGAUAAUUGCAACCGAAAAUCAGCCAGUGCGAUGGACAACUCCGCUUGGACUUCCUGUUGUACAGCCUUACCGCAAAAUAGGAAGGCACCUUGUCAAGACCUCUCUUCAGGUGUUAACUCUGCAGCGGGAAACUGAAAAGGUCAUGGUCAAGAGGCAGAGAACAGCUUUUCCACCAAAUUUUGUCCACUCCCUUGAUGGUUCGCAUAUGAUGAUGACUGCAGUGGCCUGCAAAAAAGCAGGCUUAAACUUUGCAGGUGUUCAUGAUUCUUAUUGGACACAUGCCUGUGAUGUCGAUGAAAUGAACAGGUUACUAAGAGAGAAGUUUGUGGAACUCUAUGAAACACCAAUACUGGAGAAUCUGUUGGAGAGCUUUCAGAAGUCUUUCCCCUCAUUGACUUUCCCACCCUUGCCAGAAAGGGGAGACUUUGAUCUGGGAGAUGUUCUCGAGUCAGACUAUUUCUUCAACUGAAUGGAUUCAAAAGGUAACUCUUCCUCUUGCUUUACAGUG